UUUCUGUAUCCAGUGUGUCUUUAAUAUCGCUGCGGGAUAGUCGUCGUCGGUAAUAAUUAUCUCUUUCGUCUACCCGUUUGUUUACGCUAAUGAAAAUUGUUUUAUAUAAAAUAAAAAUAUUCACGUGAUGAUGAGAGCUUCACUAAGUGGUCGCUGAAUAAGAAACUGAAAAUAGGUGAUUAGAACGAUACGAAGAUGAUAGUGAUUUUAAAAUGAUGUUAGUGUAUUUCUUCUAAAAAGUAUAUUAAUUUUUCUAAAAAAUUAAAUAGUGCGAUUGCAAACUUUUGUGUGGUAUCGACGAUAUAGUUUUAAAUAGAAAGUGAACUAUUUUAAUUUCAAUAACCAUGUUAGAAAUGCAAUUAAAACUGAUAUCGAUAUGGUUGGUGACGUUUCAAUGGAUCUCAAACUCAGAUGGUUCGAUCGAAUCGCCGUCGCAGAGCGGCAACCUCAACUACUGGGAACAGCCGUUCUCGCAGCCUUACUUUGACAACGCCACUAGACGAGACGUGACCGCGACCGUGGGCCAGAUGACGUACUUACACUGCAGGGUCCGAAAUCUCGGCGACCGAUCGGUGUCGUGGAUCAGGAAACGUGACCUGCACAUAUUGACCGUUGGCAUACUAACGUACACGAACGACCAGCGUUUCCAAUCGCUGCACUCGGACGGGUCGGACGAGUGGACGCUCAGGAUCACGUCGCCGCAGAUCAAAGACUCGGGGACGUACGAGUGUCAAGUGAGCACCGAACCGAAAAUCAGCCAAGGGUUCCAGUUGAACGUAGUCAUAUCGAAGGCAAAGAUCAUCGGCAACACGGAAAUGUACAUCCGGAGUGGAAGUGACAUAAACCUGACGUGCGUGGUGCUGGAGACGCCAGACCCGCCCACCUUCAUCUACUGGUACCGAGACAGGGACGUCAUAAACUAUUCAGGCCGCGGUGGCAUCAGCGUGGUGACCGAGAAACAGACACGGACCAGCAGGCUACUGAUAUCCAAGGCCCAGCCCCCCGACACUGGCAACUAUACGUGCGCCCCUUCCGCCUCCGACUCGGCCAGCGUCACCGUUCACGUCCUAAACGGUGAACACCCGGCGGCCAUGCAACACGGCAAUAGCAGCAACAGUGCGGUGACCAGACUGCUGCCGAUUUUCCUGUUGUUCGUGUGCCAUUCCAUUCAGGUGCUGUUGGUCACCGACGUGUACGUGCCAGCCCGCGUCGUCAAACUGACCAGAUGAACGGCUUCAUACACACACGAUUAAAAUCAUUAUUACUAUUAUUAUUAUUAUUAUUAUUAUUACAACUAUAUACUGUACGUGUACACCGCGUAUAUAACAAUAUACAAUUGCGUGUUUAAACAAUAAUAUUUAAAAAAAAAAUAAUAUAUUUAUGUAUAAACCUGAAUUCUACGAUCGUCAGUGUGAAAAAAAACCGCGCUAGCAGCCGCUGUCACUACGCGCAGCAAGUGUAAUAAUUAUUAUUGUAGGUACCUACUUAAUGUUAUUAUGAUAUAUAUUAUAACGACAUGCGUCGUCGAGUGAAUUUCUUGAUUUUCAUUUUUUCACACAAUAAUAUUAUUAUUAUUAUUACUCAUAGGCGCCAUAGGUUAUCAUCGUAAUUUAUACCCGCGUUGUGCGCCACCGCGGUGUUUGACUGUUUAAAGCUCGCGUGUCGAUAAUAAAUAACGCGUUAAACGAGUCAAAGAGAGAGAUAGAGAGUGAGAGAGAGGGUGAGUGAGUGAGUGUGCUAGAGAGAGUGUGGGAGGAGGGUUGCAAUUGUAUCUGUGGGAGGGGAAGGACAGAGAUAAUAUUAUAAUAUAAUAUAUUAUACACACGUAUUAUUAUUAUUACUAUCAUUAUCAUUGUAGGCAUAGGACGCGAUUCGGGUCGUCGCGUUUUUCACCGCGUUGGUUUGGGUGGCAUUCGCCGCGUCAAAAAUCCUUUUUUAUAUACCUAUUUAUACAUAAUGUUAUAAAACACUAUAAAUUAUUAUAAUAUAUUAUUACUAAUGCAACUAUUAUAAUAUAAGAUAACGGAAAAAAAAUACGUGCUUGUAAAUAUUUAUACCUAUUGAUGUUUGUUUUCCGUAUAUCGUUCCUUACCGCUUGAGUCUCACUCGUACGAAAAUAAUGUAUAUUAUUAUUAUAUUAUGAUUUAUGAUAUAUUAUACGUGUUUCUGUCAUAUAUAUUAUUAUUGUAAGCUGUAAUAUCAAAAUUAUUAUUAUUACCGAUCCAUUGAUGUUGUAUAGUUUUGUUUUGUGUCUGUGACCUGUAUAUAAAUGUUUCCUAUAUAAUAUUAUAGCUGUUUGUAUUCUCAUAAUAAUUGUGUACAGUGCAGGUUAUAUAUAACCUACAUAAUAAUAUAUUGAAUUUACAAUAUAAAUAAUACUAUACAUGUAUAAUAUUAUGUAUUUGUGUAUUAUUAUCGAUGUCGUUAUGUUUUUAAAAACCAAUCGUAUAUGUCGUUUCCGGAGUUUCAUAUUUUAGAUUAUUACAAUAUAUUAAUAUUAUAAUGAUAAUUAUAAUAAUAAUAGUGAUAAUAGUGAUAAAUACAAUAUUAUAUAUUGUAUUAUCGUUUCUGUUGUGUCGAUCACUUCCGACCAAUAUAGUGUCGUUGUAACGUGUAAAAUAAUAUAACAUUAUAACAUAAUUAAAUAAUAAAUAAUAUUAUCAUCACCGUUUUGUACAUAAGAAACAAUAUCAGUAAUCACAAUCAGUAUGUUAUGUUUUUGUUUUUGUCUUGAUUAAAUUAUAAUUCAAUGUAAUAAACGUAUAAUAAAAAAUGA